AAAUUGUAUAAUUUACUUUCAUUUUUAUUAAUUUUAUUAUAUUAUACCUAUAGCAAAUUAUUCAUUUAACAAUAAAUAGCUAAAAGUUAAAUAAUAUAACGCAGCACAUACAAAAACUAGAAAAUAAACAAACUAUCGCUACAAACAGAAAAUCUAAACCGCCAGCCCUCAGUCUUCCAUUGGUGGUGAUGUUGGCAGAACGUUUACUUGCUUAAACAAGGUGCUGGCUGUAUAACCUAAUAUCCAUAUCAUUAGAAAUCAAAAAAAGUUAAAAAACAAAAAAUUAUUUAUACGUUGAGUUUGUAUUACAAGCUGCAACGUGGAAUUGGAGUUGGUAAAAUAUUUUUUAUCUAAACGAGAAUUGCUGAUAAAAGAAAUGGAAGAAACGUAUCUUUAUGACCCUGAUGUGUUAUUGAAAUUGGAUUUCCAUCAAAGUCCUGCUAAGUUUAAUCCUUUCAUUUCCGCCGCUUGUCCCGGUGAAUCUUGGCUUAAAGUUCGCCCCUUAAAAGAUGGCGACUAUGAUCGUGGUUUCCUGCAGUUGUUGUCGCAGUUGACACAUGUUGGCCCUGUCUCGAGAACACAAUUUUUAACUCGUUUUUCCCAAAUGAAAGCAAGUGGUGACUAUUUUGUGACCGUUAUAGAGGAUACACGUAAAAAUGAAAUAAUUGGCGCUGCAUCUUUAAUUAUAGAACGUAAAUUUAUACACAAUUGUGCUAUACGUGGACGUUUGGAAGAUGUGGUGGUAAAUGAUACCUACCGUGGCAAACAAUUGGGUAAACUCAUUGUGGUAACCGUUUCCCUUUUGGCUCAAUAUUUGGGUUGCUAUAAAAUGUCUUUGGAUUGUAAGGAUAAAUUGAUUAAGUUCUAUGAAACUUUGGGUUAUGUUUUAAUACCCGGCAAUUCAAAUUCAAUGACCAUACGUUAUGAUGAAUCUCCAGUUGUUAAACAGAAUUUAACUGCUUUCAAUGGCGCUGUCAGUGGUGAUGCUUGCCAAACCGUGAGCCUCGAUUUUAACUCUUGACAAUUAGCCGCCAGUACUGCCGCUAAAUCAAAACUUUAAAUUGUUUAAAAUUAUAAACCUAAACAGCUGUAAAUAUAAGUAUGAAAAUUCGUUUUCAAAUGUUUAGAUUGUUAUUACGGCUGUUAUUUUUCCCCAGGAAAGAAACAAGGCCUGUUACUUUAAAUUGAAAAGAACUUUUCUUAUAUUAAUGUUGAAAACAUUAAAAAAAAAUACUAAUUUUAUUUGUUGUUUUUAAUACAAAUAUAAACAAGAAAAGUUCUUUCGAUUUUUAUAGAAUUUUUAUGUUAUAUGUUCUUUUCUGGUGUUUAUAAUUUUCUAAGAAAAACAAUUUUAAGUUCUGAUUUCUCAAAGCUUUGUCAGAAAGAGCAUAUUUUCCAAUAUUCUCUUGGCUUUGAGGGCAGUGCUGGCAAUAGUUGCUUGGCUAGUAGUGUGUAGACUUAGUCAAGUAUUAUUUGCUUUAGUACUUAAUUCCUAUAUUAUUCUAAUUACAUAUUAACAAUAAAUAGUCUUUCCAAAUUAUUUAAAAA